CUAAAUUCUAGUGACACACUUCUACGCUCGAGACAUGGUGGCCGUCGCUGACACUUUGGACGCAACUUUUCUGCAGGGAGCGGCGGCCAAGACGGAAAUGGGGCGGCAAAGGAAGUUGAUCAGUUUCCGACGGAACUAGGAGCCCAUUUCUAGUCAAACACGCGUAUGGUGGAUAAUGUUUGGGGCGGGAAAACCUACAAAGGUGCUAAUAAUAAACGUUUGUACAACCGAUUCGUCACGUCCCUAAUGUACGCCUGCCAGCAGAAUCGUGACAGCCAAGUCCGAGAGCUUCUUGCCCAAAAAUCAGAUAUAAGGCAGCGGGACCGAACGAUGAAGAGCGCGUUGCACUAUUGCGUCGAGAACUCGAGUUCAACAAGCGCCGAAUUGGUCCUCGCAGCGGCGCCCGAGUUGCUCGACGCCAAGGACAAGGACGGAUUCACGCCUCUCCACCUGGCAAUUAUCGCCGGCAACCUGAGUCUCGUCCGCUUCCUGCUGCACAAAAGGGCCGACCUGAGCGUUGUUGACAAUGAGAAACACUCGGUCGUCCACUGGGCCACAGUUUGUGGAGAGUUGGAAGCUUUGGAGGCAUUGUUGGAAUCUGGCGCCGAUCCAUCAAUGCCUGACAUCCACAAUGGCUACCCGAUUCACUACGCUGCCCAAAUGUGUGGUCCCCACUCAGAAAUGGGCACGGACGUCAAAGUGGGUCUAAAAAUGCUGGCCGCUCUGCUCGCCCGCAAAGUUGAUGUCAACGUUGUGGACAGCGACGGACGGCAGCCGAUUUUGUGGGCAGCUAGUGCAGGCAGUGCAGAUGCCGUUUUGUCGCUGAUAAACGCGGGAGCCGCAGUUGAGGCGGCCGACAAGGACGGCUUAACAGCACUGCACUGCGCGGCGAGCCGAGGACACACAGAGUGCCUGGAAACUUUGAUAACUCUGUGCGGCGCCGACGUGAACGUGAUCGACAACCACGGGUGCACGGCGCUCUUCUACGCCGUCACCCUGGGCCACGCCGACUGCACCCAUCUGCUGCUCAACUUCGGCGCCAAUUGCAACACCCAGGACAGGCGAGGCAGAACUGCGGCGCACUGCGGUGCAGCCAAGGGUCAGUUGGAGACUUUGAAGCUGCUGCACAUGGCCGGCGCCGAUUUGUGGCAAAGAAACGUGCGAGGCGAUUUGCCCUUGCACGACGCAGUGCAGAGUGGGCGGAGGGAACUCGUCCGGUGGCUGCUUGCCCUGCGACCGGAAAUGGUCACCGCGGCCAACAGCGACGGCUGCUCAAGUCUGCACAUCGCGGCCAUCAGGAAUUAUGUGGAGAUGUGCAGAGUGCUUUUGGAUGCCGAAUCUUUUGUGAACCCUGUCAUGCGAACUUCCAAGGGCGCCCUCUUGACUCCGCUGGACGCAGCCCUGGCCAAGGAAAACCGCAGCUGCGCCAAAUAUUUGCAACUUCUCGGAGGCGUCCCGGCGUCGAAACUGACUGAAGAGGCAGCCGCCUUGCGUGGCCAGAGAAAAGCACAAAUUGACUUUGAAAGCCAAAUGGAUUAUCUGACUCCUCGGUUAGACACAAAUUUGUCAACUACGUCAGCCGUGCUCAACUUUGACACGUCAGGAGCAAACACACCUGCGUUACAGCCGGCGCCAAUUCAAGUGACACAAAUGAGUUCUCUUCAAGUCGAGGCGGAAAAUGUGGCCGAAAAAAGCGAAGAACGCAGUAAAUCCUCGCACAGAAGUGCAAGAAAAGCUCGGACGAGAAAAUCGAAAUCGCCUCGCAGUUCUUCAAGCGAGAGUGAAACUGAGCUUAAGGAAAAAAGCGCCAAAAGCUCGCGGACAAAAAGAAAGAGCAGACGGAAUUCAUCGCGAAGGGAGAAGAAAGAGAGACAAGUUGACGAAGAAAUAGUAGAAGGUGAAACAAAGCCGGGUGAGGUGAUCGAUGUCAAAACGGACGCGCAGAGCAAACAGGAGAAUCAUACACGGCACGCCAAGGAGGCGAGUGCAACACGCGAGAAAAUUGCCAAGAGCACACUCGAGCAGGAAUCGCCAGUCGCUCUCAACGCGAAACCGCACAUCACAGCAACUUCAGAGCUGCCGAACGCAAGUCACGAAGAACAAUCGAAUCAGGCAAAAGCAGUAGGGACGGUGGGAUCGAAAAGCUCCGAUGCGAAAGAGGAUAAAUUGAAAGGCAGGGAAGUAGGAGAAAAGAGAGCCGUUCGAGAUAACAAUAAUAAGAUCAAAGAAGAUGCAACCAAGAAGACGAAAAGCAACGGGAAAAGCUCAAAUCAGCAAAGUCUUCAGGAAAAAAGCGAACAAGCAGUUUCCGAUAACAAAGUAGAAAUCAAGGUCUAUCCGAAGGUGGUCAUUGAUAGCCCUAACACGAGUGGAAUUACGACUGACAGCGAAGCGGCCUCGACGGGAAGUGUGGAAAGCUGUAUGGAAAUCACUGCGGCGACCGAAAAGGACAAUUUAAAGAAAACGAAAAUUGUCGAAAAGGCGUCUGGCAAUAAAGCCUCAAAGAACGGAGAAGUGCCCAAGGAAGCAGCGAAAAAAGCCGCUCCUGCCAGGGCGCCGUCGAAAGAUAAGGGCGGUGAGAAGAAAGUGACCAAAACGAAAGCUGCAGCGCCUGAAAAUAAAGCAAAAAAAGAGACGGCGAAGACGGAGGAAAUUUCACAAAAAGUUAAAAAAGUGGAGAUUCAUGAGGUCCAGAGUAAAAAUGAACAGGGCAUUACCACUCAGAGUCAACCGGUUUCCAAAAGUUUUGAAAUAGCAAAUGAAAGUAAAGUUCAGAAGAAGGUGGAAAAUGAGGAAAUUGUUGAAGCUCAAAUUGUUUCAUCUUCGUCUGGAGAACAAAAAGAGGAAAAAACAAAAGAUGAAAAGGCUACAGAAGAGAUUAAAACAGAAAAGAUAAUAGAGGUGAAAAAUAAUGAUGAGAAAACUGAUGUCAAAAUUGAAUUCAAAGCACCUCUCAAAGAAAUCCAGGCGGUGAAAGAACAACACAUUGAAAAAGAAACGCAACAAGGUAUUAGCGUGCCCUCCAUAGCUAUAAUUCCCGGAAUUCCUGCCAAACAAGAAGAACAAGAAGAAAAGCCACCAAAGGAAGCGAAACCGAAAGUGACAGUUGCUUCUGAAAAUAGUGUUGAAAGGAAGAUUGAAUUGGUGCAAGAAGAAGUUUUAUUUGAGAGAGAAAGUGUGAAGGAGCAAAAUUCCAAGGCGCCAGAAGUGGCGGAGAAAAACGACUCUUCAACCGCACCCCUGGGGAGUGUGGUUGACAAAGGCACGACCAAGCAGCAAAAACAACCACUUGCCGCUAGCAGUUCCAAGGGUGAAGAUGGGGAUGAAAAAUCGCGAAUUAACACGACGUCGGAAAACGCCUCUGGUGACACAAACAAAGCGAGGCCGGCAGCAGUCACGGAAACUCCAAACACGCAAAUCGUCGUGAAUCAAGGUGAGGUUGAAAAGCAAAUAAAAAUUCCAACAAUAAUAAGCUCCAAAGACGAAUCAGAAGCGGUAUCGCAAGGUGGGGACACGACCGAAACCUAUGAUGACACCAGCCGUCCGCUGACGGGAGCAACGGUGAGCGAAACAACGUCCGACUUCAGAAGCGGCGAGUCCGAGGGCAAAAGUUGCUCCGAGUCGGAGACGAAAGACGAAAAACCAGCAGCUACUAAAAAACAGACGAAAGAAAUAACGAAGCGCAAAAGUGAAACGACAUCAGACGUAUCCGCCACCGAGGAUCAAACACAUUCAGACAGCACGCACAUCUCAUCGGAAAAUCGUCACCAGAGCUCUCCGAAGAAAGCCCUUCCGAAACACAGUACAAAAAAAGAGCAUUUGGCCAACAAGUCGUUGAAGGCUGAGGGCAAAAGGGAGGCCAAGGGCAAGCAUAAAUCUUGCGAUAUUUUAUCCAGCGACGAAGGCCAGAAACCGAGGGUGGCCGAUACUCACCCGGAGGAAGGGAGGAAAACGGUGGCAUUCGAGAAGGCAGACGUUCAGCCGCACAAAAUCUUGAUCGACGGCAAGCAGCUAAUUAAUGGCAAGCCGAGCCAGCGGGUCACGCCGCUGACCAAGAUGCACGCGAUCGAGCAGAGCGCCCAAAUCGAGGAGGACGAGAAGAAGGCGCGUGAGAUCAUCAGGAAGCGGCACGAGCAGUCGGUCGUCUCGGUUACCCAGGCCGUCCAAGUGAGCACCCGAAAGUACCAACUGGAGAGGCGGAUUUUCCAGGAGCUGCUAGAGCUGAAAAAGGCGCAGCUCAGGGCCGGAAGGGGAAACGAGAGCAUUUUGGUCAAGAGGGCUGUCGAUGAGUACCGAAAGGAGGGAUUGAUUGUCGGGUUAAGACAGUACGACGGUCCCUAUUCCUUCAGGGCGUUCGAACAGUAUUUAUAUGACCAGUUGAAAUUGCUGCAAAACAGUUCUGACGCCAGAAUAAUCGCGCGUCUAAAACCGACAGACGACGUCAACUCUCUGGCCGCCGCUCUCCGACUUUCCAUUCCCCGAAACGUGCAGCAACACUCGCCGGCGUUCUGCACUAUCAGCACCCACAGGUGCAAGCACGCCACGGAUGCCUACACAACCCCGCCUGUUGCCAAUUACGUGAAUCGACUGCCGCAGACGGAGCGAUUUCUGCCGCAGAUUGGGUCGCCGCCGGCGCGCCACAAGUUGGUCAAGAGCUCGACGUUGCCUGCGACCGGCACCAUGAAGCACGUGGACAUCAGGCAGCCCAUGACCCUGGAGCUGAGUCUCGGCGGCGAAAGGCAAAUUGUGGCCCUGCCGACGGACAAGCUGGACCGCUCGAAACGCUACUAUGUCUCCUUCUCCAUCAAGCCCAAGCACGGACAAAGUGAUUCGACUGACGCAGAAGUUUCCGAGGAGAAAAAGCAGGACAAACACAAACACGCCACCACGAUUUGAAUUUUCUAACCCUCGAGGUGCAAAACGGACGUGGACAGAUCAUUAAUUCAUUUGUAAAAAAGUGCAUGAAAAAUGAACACCGCCGUCAUUUCCGUGUGGAGUUUUUGCUUUUGUGUUGAAAUUCUAGAUAAGUUGAAUUGCAGCAGGCACUCUCAUUGUUAGAAACGUGAUAGAUUUAUUCAUUAUCGAUCGGUUUAGCUUCUCUGUGAAAUUUUUAAUGUUGGAUGUUAACAAACGUGUUUGAUCACUGAAAUAUUCUUCAUU